ACGUGGCUUCGUCGCUGUGACGCCAUUAUCUUGCGACUACGCGAGUCCGGAGAUUUCCUUCUAUCCGGCGUGACGAGCUAGAGCAGCUACUUCUCUUUGUGGCCUCUGAUCUGGGAUCAAGAGGGAACACGGCAAGAUGACCGACCGCUACACCAUCCACAGCCAGCUGGAGCAUCUGCAGUCCAAGUACAUUGGCACCGGCCACGCCGACACCACCAAGUGGGAGUGGUUGGUGAACCAGCACCGGGAUUCGUACUGCUCCUACAUGGGCCACUUCGACCUUCUCAACUACUUCGCCAUCGCGGAGAAUGAGAGCAAAGCACGAGUCCGCUUCAACUUGAUGGAGAAGAUGCUGCAGCCUUGCGGACCGCCGGCCGACAAGCCUGAGGAGAACUGAGACGCCGCAUAUCACCGGUCUGCGGGAGCAUCUCCCGGCAUUCGUUUUUUUCCCCGUCGUUCCAGCGCAUUCCUGCCCUAAGAGGACCGAUUCUGCAUGACUCCGGCUUCUCGCACUUCCUCGUGCAAAGGUGGUUACCCAGGGUCGUCUUGCCUGACCUGUCUUGCUGGGAACCGUUAGGAACACAGCAAUAGAAGACGAUCAGGAUUUCUGAGAACUGGUCGUGGAGAGAUCCUAGAGCGGUCAAGCGUUAGGGGAGGCGGAACUGGAGCGAGACGGGAUUUGGAGGCUCGUUUUUUGGCUACUUGAUUGUCGUUUUCGUUUUAUCCAUAAAGUUUAGAAAUUGUUCAGUCUCUUGGUGUGGACUACCUGUGUUCGAGUGUGGAGGGACUCAGGGAGGGCUCUGGAAACUAAGGUUUCAUGGGAGGCCGAGCAGGAGAUGACGGGCAGUUCAAGGCCAGCAUCCAUUGCCAGGCACUUAAUCCGCCUGGCGCAUACUUUAUAAUAUUCCCCCAUCCCGAAUUUUCUCAAGAAUUUUUUUUCCAGGCCCAUAAUACCUUCAGUAUUGAGAUUUGUGAUCAUUGUAUCCCACCUUUUUCUCCCAUUUUUAUAGUCUUUGCUGUCAUUGUCUUCUCUGUUUGUAAAUUGCAUCAUUUUUUGGGACUUUGUGCCGUGUCUUCAGGACUGACAGACUGGCAAAUGAGCUCUUUCGUUCAUCAACAUUUAGCAAAUAUUUGUUAAACUCUAUGUGACAGGCAUUUUUACAGGCUUUUGGGGCUUACAUUAUACUGGGGGCAGGCGAGGGCGGUAGGGAGGAGGCCAGACAAACGCCAACCAUACCAAACAAA